AUGAAGCUUUCCCUCGAGUUUCAAGAAGAUCGCCACCACGCUCACCACCACCGCCACCAAAUCGAAACCCUCAAAGCCAAAAUACCCCUAACCAUAUUGAACCAGCCGUUAUCCUACCAUCCCACCACCUCCACCUCCACAGCUUCCCCUCCUUUUUCUCUCUCCCUAAAGUCUGGCCUUGGCCUCUUUGGCUCCCCCAACAGCUCCCCCCUCGUCUUCUCUGCCAAUUUCUCCCUCUCCCCGACAAACACUCCCAUCCCUACUUUCUCUCUCCACCUAAAGCCCCAAUUCGGCCAUUUUUCCCUCAGAAAAUCAACUUUUUCUGACCCUGUUUCUGAUAAAAAUUCUGGGCCUUUCUCCGAUGGUGGGGAUAAAGUUAAUUAUGGGUCUUACUCCAAUAGUGGGGUCAAUUUGGGUCCCGAGUCACAUUCAAAUGAUGAGUUCGGAAGUGGGUUUGUGUCAGAGGGGUCAUCUGUUUGGCAGGAGCUGAAAUUGGAGCCUUUUGGUGGCAAAGAUGGAGUUACAAACCCGAGUUCUUUAGAGAAUGGCGGUGUUCAUUCCAAUGGUGGAAUUGGGUUUGUACCGGAGAGGCAAUUGGCUUGGAAGAAUAGUCGGAAAGAUAGAUUUUUGUCUGGAGUUGGUGUUAUGGCAAAGACGUCAUUUCCAGUGACCAAAAGGGUAAUGGUGAAUAUGCGGUGGGGUGUCAAUUUUCCGGCUGAUGGGGGAAAGGGAUUGCCAUAUUUGACGGUGAAUAAGAUUGGUAUAGAAAGGGUUGAACAGGUGAAGCAGGUGGCGAGCGGUGGUGAGAGUAAUGAGGGUGAUUCGGAACUGUUGAAGGUAAUGUGUUUCUGGAUGAGAAGGGAUUUGAAGGCUUUGGAGAAGGAAAAUAGAGAGAUGAAGCUGAGUUUGGAGGAGAUGAGAACCAGGGGUUCUGUGAAAAAUAUUCGUCGGGAGAGUGAUGGUUUAGGGAAGAACCUUUCACCGCCUCCCGGUCAAAGUUCUAGCGAGUUUGAGCAGUGGAGGAGCAGGAAUAGUGGCAGAGAAGACAAUGGGCGUAGAGAAUCGAAGGAGACUUCUAGGGAGUUUGUGCAGCGGAAGAGCAAGAAGAGUGGCGGAGAAGAGAAUGGGCUAAGGGAAUCAAAUAAGACCAAUCGGGUGAGCGAUUUAGAAUCUGAAUUGCAGAGAGCUAUCAAGGCGGCUUCUUCGUAA